UCCAGCUUGCAGCCAGCAUGCUCGUCCUCAGCAUCAUGGCGUUGGGAUUUUAUCUGCAGCUCCUUUUCUGCUUUGCUCUGUCUCAGACCUCCCUUGUUGACAGUGUCUUCUCCAUCUCUGCAGCCCUCCCUUGCUUGGAACAGAAGAAACGAAUUAAUAACCAUCGAGUUUGCUCUCUCCUUGUCCCUCCCCCUCCACCACCCCCUCCGUUACUUCCUCCAGCAUAUUUCAAACAGGGACAGAAUUCCAUGUUGCUUCCUCUGGACAUGAAAAACUUAUGUCAAAUGCUCCAGAUAACACAAUCUCCGUGUGUAGAAUCUGUAUGCCCUCCAGGACCUCCUGGCCCCCAGGGUCCGCAAGGUAUUCCUGGUGUGAAGGGACCAAAAGGUGACAAAGGGGAAAUUGGCAGACCGGGAAGAAAGGGCAGACCAGGACCUCCAGGUGUCCCUGGAAUGCCAGGACCUAUUGGAUGGCCUGGUCCAGGAGGAACUCGGGGUGAAAAGGGAGAUUUAGGUUUGAUGGGCUUGCCAGGUACAAGAGGACCAAUGGGCUCCAAGGGCCACCCUGGAAGCAGAGGAGAAAAGGGAGCUCGUGGAGAAAAGGGUGACAAAGGCAGCAAAGGUGAUAAGGGAUACAUAGGCUUCCCUGGAAUGCUGGGACAGAAGGGAGAAAUGGGUCCAAAGGGCGAGCCUGGUUUAUCGGGGCACAGAGGGCCUACUGGAAGACCAGGGAAACGAGGCAAACAAGGACAAAAAGGAGACAUGGGACCUCCUGGAACUGCAGGUCAACCUGGGAAGCCUGGCCCUCCAGGUCAGCCUGGUCCUCCAGGAACUUUGGUAUCAGGUCAACUAACAAUGGGGCCAAAAGGGGAGAGAGGGCUUCCUGGUCCUCCAGGAAAAUGUCUCUGCAACUCCCAGCAAAAUAUGAAUUUCCCACCAUAUGAGGAGCCACCGUUUGGACAUCCUUAUUCAAAAGUUCCUGCAAUUUUUGUUGUGAAUAAUCAAGAAGAACUAGAUAGGCUAAAUACUGAAAAUGCCUUAGCAUUUCGAAGAGAUCAGAGAUCUUUGUAUUUCAAGGAUACUUUUGGAUGGCUUCCAAUCCAGCAAUUUACACCCUUCUAUCCUGUGGACUACCCUAUUCAAGAUGGCAAUACCUGUGGAGAUGGGAUCCUCCAAGAUGGGGAAGAUUGUGAUGAUGGCAAUACCAUUGUGACUGAUGACUGUAUAAGAUGUCGCCAUGCUUACUGUGGAGAUGGCUACCGACAAGAAGGUGUAGAAGACUGUGACGGGAAAGAUUUUGGAUAUUUAACAUGUAAAACAUAUCUUCCUGGGUCUUAUGGAAAACUACGAUGUACUUCUUAUUGCUAUAUUGACUCUACAGAGUGCCGGUAUUUUACAUGAAGGGGGGGCAGAGAUAGGUAAGCAUUUCCCCCUAUGACAUGCAUACAGCAGGUGCUAUGUUAUUGUCAACCAAGACCAGGCAAUAGACAAAACGAUCUCUAGGAUGAAACAACCAGGGACAUGCUGUGGAUGGUGGCGUGAGAUUUGUCUUUAAUUGACUUGCACUGGAGGAAAAUAGGACCACUGAAUUCUGUCUUAGUAGAAAACUGUCAAGCAACAUUCUCCAUUCAGACUUAAAAUUUCACACGGCUGCUUACAGGAACUGUUAUAACAAGAGAAACACCAAACUGCAUUUUUCUUCAAAAUGGUUACUUCAUAAGAACACAAUAAUACCUCAACUUAGCACUGUUAGUCAUAAAAAUAAGCUCUUUAGGUUGUUGGUGU